AUGCCGAAGCGGAAGCGGCAAGAUGGAGGGGACGACGAAGAUGAGCUUCAGAUUGAGGACCAGGCGCUUCGGAUAAAGGUCACGAGGUUAAAAGCGAAGAUGGACCAGAGUAUCAAGCGCCUGCACGCUGCUCUCAAGCUUGCCCGCGGGUUCGAGCGCCAAAAACUCGGUCGCCGCCAGAAAACAGCCAGUGAUGAGCCGCAGACCCUUUUGCGGCUGCGUGAAGAAGUCAUUGUGCUGAAAGAGCUGCAGCUCGACCAAACGGCGAAAAGGUACCUCCUGAAGCACUUGUUCAGGGCUAAGCGGGUGAGGGAGCAUCCGGCAUUCGUCCAAGUCUAUGGCACCGAACCUGCCAUUGAACCAAUGAAGUCCACUGCGGAGGCAAAUGUCUUGGGAAGGUUGUUCAAGUCUACUCCCGUGAAGAACGUUGUUCCCGAAAUCAUGAAGGCGAUCUAUGAUGUGCUGGGGAUACCUCAGGCUGGGUCCAGUGAUGAUGUGGAAAAGAAACCAUCGACUCUUGAGCAAAACAAGCAAACAGCGCAAUCCAAUGAAGACGAAUUCCAUGGUUUCUCAAGCGAGCAAGGUCAAUCAGAAAGUGCUGCACCACCGGACCAUCCGGAGAGAUCAGAUUCCGAAGCAGACCGCCUUCUAUCUGAAUAUGCCGCUGGUAGGUUGGCAUCUUCAGGAGAUGAGGAAUCAGAGAGUGGUGAAGCAGCAUAUUUGAGGCGUUCAGAAAUGAGCAACGGCACGUCCAGGCGGGACAUUUCAGUGUCACCAAGCCCAAGCGGCUCUUCGGAUCAUGACAGACGACAUACUAGCGAUAAGAGCUCGGCACCGAGGGUCACCUCAACUGCCUUUCUACCGUCACUUAGCCUGGGUGGAUACUACUCUGGGUCCGAGUCUGAGGAUGAGGACGCACCUAGGCAUCGUGGCCCGCCUGAACCUAAGCCUAGGAAGAAUCGACGAGGACAAAGAGCGCGACAGCAACUGGCCGAAUUGAAAUAUGGGAAGAAUGCUAAGCAUCUCGCAAAGCAGAAGGAAAAGGAUUCCAGAAAUGCCGGAUGGGAUCCUAAACGAGGCGCAGUAGGCCCAGGAGACAAUCCUAGAGACCGCUCGAGAAAGGGACUCAACGCAAAAGCUCCACACAACCCAAGCGCUGGACAGACGCAGCCACCAAGACCAAAACCAAAACAGAGGGAUGAUCAGGGCUCCUUGCACCCUUCUUGGGAGGCGGCAAAGAAGCGGAAGAUGCAAGACCAGACCCUGCCGGCCUUUGCUGGGAAAAAGAUUACUUUUGACUAG